AUGGCGACGGUCGGUCCAGACCCAGAGCAGGUCGUCACCCUUCGCACCAGCGGUAGAGUCGCUAUCAUAACACUCAAUAACCCCCAGAAGCUCAAUGCGAUGAGGCAACAGGAUACAUUCCGCCUAUCUUGUCUUCUACGUCAGGUAGCAGCCAUGGACGAAAUCACAGUGACCGUCGUCACGGGGAAAGGUCGGUUCUUCUGCGCUGGGGGCGAUGUGACGUCCCGACGGCCGGGAAUGGACAACGACCACAGAAAGGAGACACAUGAGCUCCGCGACCAGGUUCUCCGCAGCUUCGUGGCCAACACAUUCGAUGCCACUUAUUCGUUCAGCAUGCAUCCGAAGAUCCUGAUAGUCGCACUCAAUGGGCCAGUCGUCGGACUCCAUGCGGGUCUUGUAGGCUACGCCGACUUUGUGUAUGCGGCGCCGCAUGCCUACCUCCUCGCUCCGUUUGCGAGUCUGGGCCUGGUCGCCGAGGGUGGUGCGAGUGUCGGGCUCGUCCAACGGCUUGGACUGCCCCUUGCCAUCGAGGCACUCCUCACAUCGCGCAAGAUACCCUGCAAAACGCUCCUUCAAUGUGGAUUCAUCAACAAGAUCUUCUGCGGAAGAGACGACUCUGACUCGGAUGGCUUUCUGGAGCAAGUUCUCGCAGAGGUGAAUGAAAGGUUUGCGGAGCACGUGAACCAUGAAAGCGUCUUGAAGAUCAAGGCCUUGAUCCGCCGGCCGGUCUUGGACAUAAUAGAUGCCCAAACUUUGCGAGAGGUCGCUGAUGGCAUGCAGAGGUUUGUCGAUGGUGCGCCCCAGAUGGAAUUCAAAAGCGUUGCUGAGGGCCGCAAGAGGCAUAAACUUUGA